UCGUGUAUAGACCGCCCAGUGCCAGCAAGAAUAAAUAGACUUAAUUUCCAAAACUCCACAGAUUUCCAGCAUAUUGGCGUUAAAAUCCAGGCAGGCACAGUGGACACUAAUCCAAAGCAACGGACUUGCAGCAGCACAGCCAUCAUGACCUCACGCAAACGCAGCGGCAGCGGCUCAACGAAACGCCCCAAGGAGAAGGUCGUCUACAUAUACGAGCUAUUGUGCCGAGGCGAGGAUCCCAGCACGGAGAGUCCCGAGUUCUGGAAUGAGUUCUUUUUGCUGCAGCCAAACUUUGAGGCGCUGGAGAAUGAAAUCGGGAAACUGAACAGCGAAAUGCUGCAGGUGGUGAAGCCAAACCUAAACACUUUAUUCCAGAAAUGCAUCGAAAUGCUGAACACGGAGGACCAUCCGAAGCGCUUGUGCAACAGCCUGCAAACGCUGUGCUCCCUUUUCUAUGGCAUUUUCAAGAAGUCCAAUACGGACCCGCCGUUCAACAUCGUCAACGAGAUCUUUGGGCAUGAGAAAAUGGACGAAUGGCUGAAGCUAAUGAUGCAGUAUUGCAAUCGCAUCUUAUUGGGCGAUGUCACGGAGAAUGCCCGCUUUAUGUGCCUCAAGCUGCUGCAAGUCCUGGUCACGGGCACCGACAAUGUCAACCAGAAUGCCCUCUUCGAGCACCUGAUGAUGCACAGCAUGUUUGAUGCCUUCGUGAGGCUGCUCAGCGAUCCCACGUUUCGCACACAGCACGGACAUGAUAUUGUUAUACUACUGACUAUUUUGGUCAACUAUCGGAAGCACGAGGCCACCAAUCCGUAUGUGGUGCAGCUCUCUAUAUUGGCUGACGAGCUGGCCCUGAAUGGAUAUGGACAAAUGAUAUCACAAUCGUUAAUUGACUUUUGCCGCCAGUACAUCCAGAGCCUGAACAAUGUGCAAUCCUCAUCGUGGUUCUCGUCGCUCUCAAAUAUUGUGGGCAACAUGUUUGUCUCGGACGAGGGAUGUGAGCGAGUGCAGCAGAUCAAGGCCAACAAUGGUCUGCUGCUGGCCCUCUACGAGGCUGUGCAUCUUAACCGGAACUUCAUCACAACACUGGCCCACACCCAGGCCGAGUCCAGUGCGCCGCCCUCGCCCAGCAACACCUUGAGUCUUGCUCAGCCAGUGCCUGAUUUGUCUAAUGCCCCGAUCAUCGACAUAACGCAGUAUCCAACGAAUCUGCUGGUGGCAGUCUUUCAGUAUUGCUCCAUUGUGAUGCAGGACAACAAGAACGAGUCGAGCAUAGCCAAUCUGAAGCUGUGUUUCCUGAUACUCACCUGCAUUUCGGAGGAUCAGUACGCCAACUCAAUGAUGCACGACAGUAAUCUCACCUUUAAGGUGAUGCUGCAUCGGGCCCAAAUGCGACACCGCAAGCUGAAUGUGGAUCGUGUGGGCAAGUCGCAGCCCCUGGCUGCCACCCUGCUGGACCUAUUGGUGGAGUUCAUUGUGUCGCAUUUGAUGAAGAAGUUUCCCAUGGAACUGUAUCUGUUGUGCAUUGGUGUGAUUCAUCGCAUUCUGUGCUAUCAGAAGCGUUGUCGUGUCCGCCUCAAUUAUCCCUGGAAGGAGCUGUGGUCGGCGUUGAUUGGCCUGCUACGUUUCCUGGUCAAUCAGGAACAGACGCUCGUGAAGAAGUGCAACAUAUUCCACUUGUCGCUGCAGGUGGUGAACAUUUUUAACCUGUUUAUUACCUACGGCGAUACAUUCUUGGCCACCACAAACAGCUAUGACGAGCUCUACUAUGAACUGAAUCGCGAGGAGAAGGUCUUUACGGAGAUUCAUGCGAUGGUUUUGCGUUACACAACAAUGGGCGAGUGCGAAUAUAAAGACGAUGUCAUCAAGCUACUUAAUUCUCUGGUCAACAUCUUGGCCAUAGUGAAGCACUUUCAGAACAAGAUAAAGGAGUGGCUGGCCGAGCAGGGACUAUCAACGCCCACGGAGGAGCAGAUACUCGAUGUGGUGCGCAAGAACUAUGACCUCACGCUGAAGCUGCAGGAUUCUCUGGAUCAAUAUGAGCGCUAUGCAGAGACGCCGUUGCACACCAACUUCUUCAAGUUGAUGGUGCGUGAUGUGGUAAACGAUACACGGAAACACAUAUACGGCUAUGUGAAGGAGGCAGUGUCCGUAAUACCCGAGCAGGAGGUGCUCCUAACUACAAUGACCAGCUCGGCGGCAACACCAACUACCCCAGCAACACCAGCCACACCAGCAACACCAUCAACACCAACAGCACUAACAGCAGCGCCUGCCACGUAGGAAAUCGACGGGGAAUCGUUGCUGACAGACUGACAACAGACUGUUUAAUUGUUUCCUUCGUUUAGUUAUGUAAUUGUAAUUUUAUUGUUCAAAUCUCUAGAAGCAUAAACUGGAUGUUAUCUAUAAGAUUGGAAGUGAUAUUGCGAGUCUUUGUUAGCUUUUAUUGUGGAGCAUUGCACUUAUCCCUAAAGAUAUAGUAAAUACAUUAUAUUCUGUGCAAGUUUUUUACAUACAACGUAUACAACAAAAUAAAUCAUUCAAAAAUUGGCUACCAUAA